AUGCAAACCGAACAACAAAUAAAACCAUUUUAUGUAUACAACAUAUUAUUAGCAUUGCAAGGAGCACUCGAUGAAAAAACUUUCAAGAAGGUACAAAGUUCAGCAAUAGAGAUUUUUCAAUCUGGAAUUUCAAAUUUGAUCAUGGAAUCUUAUAUGCUCUUGUUUAACCGUAAGGUCAUUGACUACAUUCAAUCCAGUGGCUUUAAGGUAGAAAAUCUAAGAACUCAAAUAAUUGCAACAAUUCUUAAAUUUAUUCCGCCGAAUUUUAAGAUUGAGAAUGCGGAAUUAGGGAAAAGAUUCAAAAUUUGCUUAAUUGAGGAACUUUUAAUGCAUUACGAGAAACAAAAUUUCGUAAAAUGUGAAACUCCUUUUGAAUUGCUUUCAUAUAUAGAUAUAAACAUAGACACAAAUACAUUAAACCAAAGAUACAACAGACUUAAGCCUUUGAUUAUGGCUUCAAAUCCAUGUACAGAUGAAAAUGCAAAUUUAUUAUUUGAAAAAGUGGUUUUAUUAAACCAAGAAAUACUAAAUCGAUCUGAACCACAGUAUCUUAACCGUUGCUAUUAUACAUUAUCAAAAAUUCUAUUAUAUUUCAAUAAUGAUAAUAAAUCAACCGAUAGAAACAAACAAUUGUCAGAAUCUGUAUCUCCAUUGAUUUCAAGAUCCUUUUAUUUGUAUGAUUCCAAAAUUUUGACAGAUUUUAUUUUUAAUAUUUUUAUUAAUGAAUCAAAGCAUUAUUUAUUAGUAGAUGAAAUCAGUAACUUUCCAUUUGAUCUUAAUCAAAUCUCUGUUUUGGAUUAUAACAAGAUUUUCCCUGCAUUUAUUUCAAGUAUCAAAUGGAACAAAGUUUAUUCAUUAAAAGAAUCACAAACUGGCGAGAUUAUUACUGUAUCUGAUGAAUUAAUACUUAUUUUGGUAGACUUCCUUGUUAAUUUGCUUUUUAAUUGCGAAAUUGACCAAAUUGAUAUCAUUCUUUCAAAUUUCAAAAUUUUGAAUUAUUUUUCUGACAAAAUUUCAGCAACUGUUGAAAUCAUUGACAAAAUCAUUGAAGGAAAUGAUUUAGAUCAAAACUACAAUAUCUUUAGGAUUUUUGGAUUAAUUUCAUAUGCAUUUAAUAUUCAAGGAUUUUCUGAUAUAGAAACAAUUGAUUUAAAUGGAAUUAUUUCAAAAACAUUUGACGUAAGUAAAGAAAUGAACGAUUAUUAUAAAUGGCAAAUGUUCUUUUCAUGGCUAGAAACAAUUAGUAAGUACAAAACUUUAGAUGUUUACACUGAUAUCAUUAUCUUCUGUUUUGAAUAUCCAGAAUUUUUCCAAUAUUCAUUAGUUUUCCUUUCAAAUGCCAUUAAAAUGUUGAAUGUAAAUGAUUACAAUCUAAUAAUUAAUCAAAUUAUUGAGAUUUUCCAAAAUGAACCAAAAUCUUUAGCACCACUUUAUCUAUUGAAUCUUUCUAUUAGAGAUCAUUUUUUAGAUACAGAAACGAAAGUCAAAAUUGUUCAAAUGCUCGAACAAUAUGAUUUGCAAAAGAUAAAAAGUGAAUCAGAAGAUUUCAAUAUUCUUGAAUUUUGCAACAUAAUUACUAGUAUUUAUAUCUCUAUCUUGAUUGAAACAAAUCAUGAUGAUAAUUUAACAACUGAUUUUGAAAAUAAUUUGAUUAAUUUAUUACUUGUUAAGAGCAGAUUCAUCAUUGAUGAAUUCUCUUCUUAUGAAAGUGAUUUUAAUACUUUCUAUUUUGUUCAAUUUUGUAUUAAUUUCAUGUGCACAAUCUAUAAUUUUAUAAUUUCCAAAAGAAAUCAUUUGGAUACAGUAUGGUAUGAUAUGUUAUGUGAUAUUUUGAUUUUGUUACAAACAAAAUCAUUAUAUGAAUCAUCUUUAUUCAUCAAUCUUACGAUGUUUUCUGAUUAUCUUUCAAAACUCGAAGUUAUUGAUCAUAAUAUCUACAAUGUGAUCUCAGAGUUUUGCAAACAAUAUAUUGGAGAUCCAAAACAAUUCAUUGGAGAUUCGAAACAAUUCAUUUUGAAGAACUUUUAUAAUAUUGAUGAAAUCAAAGCAAAUCUUCCUAUUGAUAAAUUAAUACCACUUGUUUCAUCAUCCGAUGACGUAAUAACUCCUAUUGAUCAACUUCAAAGUAAUUCUACUAUUUUUGAUUUGAUCAUUUAUGCAAUGACUAAUAAUAUUCUUCCAGAUUCUAUUGAUGUUAAUUAUAUUCAUAAUAAGAUAUUUGAAUCAUUAGAACAAAGAAAUUAUAGUAUCAAAUCUAUUCAACACACAACUAAUUUGUUGUUUACAUGCUCAAUGAGAAACAAUGCAAUGUUUAAUGGUUUAAUUCGAGAGUUUUUACAUAUGUUUACUGAACUCAUCCCAGAUUUUGGAUACAACAAAAAUCUUUAUGAAUGUAUUUCUUUGUUAAUUUGUUCAUUGAUUUACAACGAAGGUCCAAAUGAAAACAACAGUGAUUUAAUCGAAUUGUACAGCAAGAUGAAAUUCCUUGGUAUCGAUAUAUCGACAGAAAUCGAUUGUGAACUUUUGUUAGCAAAAUAUAACGAAAAUUUAGAAUCAACUAAAUCAAUUCUCAAAAAGUUUGAUGUUGAAAAAACACAUUUGAACAUGUACAUUUCUAAAAUAUGCACAGAACUUUUGAACUCUCAGAAUUGUGAACAAAUUUAUCCUGAAGUUCUUUCAGUUUUGAUCAAAUAUGUCAACGAAACACCUUCUGUUUUUGGAAAUGAUUAUGAAUUCUAUUUUACUAUGAAUGAUUUGAUUGAAAUAAUCGAUAUUUUAUAUCAAUUCUACAAAUCUCAUCCUGACAUAUUUAUGAACGAUCCAACUGUAAAAUCAGAAUCAAUUAUGCUCACAAACUGGUUCUUCAGAUCUUAUCAAUAA